CUCCUGGGGGUCGUGGUCCCUUUAAGCUGCCCGGCGCAGAGGUGGGGCCGAGUCUCCCGGGCCGGAAGCUGGCUAGGAGCGUCACUUCCUCCCGGAAGCGGGCCUGGGCGGAUGUCUCCGGCACGCCGGUGCACGGGUAUGAGGGCCGCGGUGGCUGCCAGCGUGGGGUUGGGCGAGGGGCCUGCUGGUUCCCGGAGCGGCCGUCUUCUCCGCCCGCCGAGCCCCGUUCUGCCGGCUCCCGGGGCCCGGCUAUUGCGGCUUCCGGGGAGUGGGGCCGUGCAGGCCGCAAGCCCGGAGCGCGCCGGCUGGACCGAGGCGCUGCGGGCCGCCGUGGCCGAGCUGCGCGCUGGCGCCGUGGUGGCCGUCCCCACCGAUACGCUGUAUGGCCUGGCCUGCGCAGCGAGCUGCUCAGCGGCCCUGCACGCUGUGUACCGCCUCAAAGGCCGCAGCGAGGCCAAGCCUCUGGCCGUAUGCCUGGGCCGCGUGGCCGACGUCUACAGAUACUGUCGUGUGAGAGUACCCGAGGGACUCCUGAAAGACCUGCUGCCAGGACCCGUGACCCUGGUGAUGGAACGCUCGGAGGAGCUCAACAAGGACCUGAAUCCUUUUACGCCUCUUGUAGGAAUCCGGAUUCCUGAUCACGCCUUUAUGCAAGACUUGGCUCAGAUGUUUGAGGGUCCUCUUGCUCUCACUAGCGCCAACCUCAGCUCCCAGGCCAGUUCUCUGAAUGUCGAGGAGUUCCAGGAUCUCUGGCCUCAGUUGUCCUUGGUCAUUGAUGGGGGACAAAUUGGGGAUGGCCAGAGCCCUGAGUGUCGCCUCGGCUCAACUGUGGUUGAUUUGUCUGUGCCUGGAAAGUUUGGCAUUAUUCGUCCAGGCUGUGCCCUGGAAAAUACUACAGCGAUCCUCCAACAGAAGUACGGGCUGCUCCCCUCACAUGCAUCCUACCUGUGAAACUGGGAAGCAGGAAGGCCCAAGGCGUGGUGCUGGAUACUAUGUGUGUGUCCACUGACGACUGGCAAGGCCUCAUCCGCAGAGGCCACUGGAGCUAGGGCACUAGCCUGACUUUAGGCAGUGUGUCUUUCUGAGUACUGUAGACCAAGCCCUGGAAGCUGAUGGUUUAGCCUUGCACCUGGGGAAAGACUAUUUAUUAUUCAUAAUUUCAUAUAUCGGCCAAAAGCUGAAUGGAAAAGUUAAAAACAUUCCUAAGUGGCCUUAUUCCGGUAAGUUUCUUCUGUCUGUUUGGCUUUUUAAUUGAAAAGUAAUUUAAAUAACAGAUGUAGAAUCUAGUGAGAGCCUCUUUUCUGGUACAUAGUGGCAUUUAAGCUUCCAACCAGCUAGAAGUGCUGGUGCUGUUUAAAAAGUCUCAGGUAGCUGCGUGUGGUGGCUCAUGCCUGUGAUCCCAACAUUCUGGGAGGCCCAGGCAGGAGAACUGCUUUAGCCCAGGAGUUCAAAAUUGGCCUGGGCAACCUAGCAACACCCCGUCUCAUAAAAAUUAAUAAGUAAAGAGUCUCAGGUGACCAAAGGCAUGGGUUGGGCUCCUGAAGCUAGAACCACAUUAGGUUAAAGACUGAAGAGCCACUGGGCCUGGUGGUGGUAUGUAUUAUAACUGCUGGCGGGGAGAGCACCCUUUUUGGUGUGAUAGUGGAAUGCCUGCUCAUUUGGCAGGGGUUGGGUCCAAACUGAAGAAUAUUGGGAAAUCUCCACUAUCCUUUUCAGCCAGGAACUCUUUUCUUAUUUAUUCAUAAAAUAAGUUACAGUUCACUAUACCCAUAGCACCUUUAUUUAAAUCCAGUGUUCUCCACAGCCUUUUGUCUAUUUAUAUGUGUAAAAGUGUUAAUUAUUGUUGGGCAUUUGAACUUUGUAUUUCUUUAAUGUAAAGAAAUGCUGCUAUUAAACAUAUUUGUAAAUGG